AACUGGCCAACCUUUUCGUUAGACGAUCGCACAAAAACACAUGGAUUUUAAUGCCGAGUAGUCAGUUGUAUUUUCCAUAUGAUAAAACAUGGGGAAUGAUUCUGGGAGCAAGACCAAAUUAACAGCGCGUCUCUCGCAAAGGAUGAUGGGAAAACGUCAUCCCGCGCGAAUUCUGAAAUGAAAAGCUGCAACUCGCAGUUGAGACGGUCUUCGAUUUUUUCCGAUUUUCUCAAAAUCAAAGCAUAAUCAAGACGCCGAUCUAAUGCCAAGUGAAAUUAUGGUUAUUCGUCGAUGUACACAUGGACCAAGGGACUAAAUUAGAGCCCUUUUCUGCCAAAAAUCUGAGAUUUUUGUUUGCAUGUUUGGAGUUCAAUAAACAACACUGACUGCUUACUGUACAUGUUCAUUGCUGCCGAGUUUUCACUCCAAACUGAGAGUGACACACCACUACACUUCUUUAUCUCGGCGAAAAUGGCUGAGGAUCGUUCCAUUUUGAAGGCAGAAAAGCCCAUAAGAUAUUGUUUAUCCUCUUCCAUGCUUUGUGCCGACCAAGCCAGCAGAAAUGAUGACAAUGUUGGGUCCAGCAGCAGUAUUCCAAUGCAUUGUCCAAGGAGGAAUAGGGAAAUUGGAGAUUGUUCAACAUCAACUUCAAGACAUUUUCCUGAGUUUACGACCACAAGAGAUGACGAAUCAGUACUCCUUUCUAAGCGUUCUGGCUUGGUGAAAGAGACUUGUACAAAAAUCACCAAAAGCAUUCAAGACGAUGGGUACUUUUCUCCAAAUUUGGAGAUUUCUUCGCCAGCAAAUUCAAGAUCACAAAAAUCAAAGGGUGAAGAUGAAGACACUACUCAUCAGAACAAGAGUGUGACCGAAGAUUUCAAAACUCCUCAUGUUCCUGCAACAAGAAAAAAUGACAGUAGUAUGGGCCUCUUCGGUCAAACAUCCAGCCAGAAAAGUCUCAAAGUUAGAACAGCAUCGGAAGAACUGUCCAUACCUGCUGCCAAGAAGUUCACCCGAAUCGUUCCUCGAGAUGAAGUUGACGGAACGCCAGUAUUAAGCGGUGCCAAGAGUCUUGGUCUGAUGUACAGCAGGGCAAUGGCUGAGGAGGAUUCUGGGUACAGCUCACCAGGAAUGUUCGCUGAACGACCGUGUAAAGUGGGGAGGGGGACGAUGGAUAUUGUAACCGAGUUGGGGCAUCACGAACCGGCAUUGUUGGAUAAAAUCUUGGCGGAGUUCAGUGAUGAAGAUAUUGUGAGAUUCAGCGGUGUGUGUCUAGAAUGGCGGCGUAUUGCAGGACGCAGAAAAGAAAUCACUUCGAGGAAGAGACACUUCCUUCAGCAGAAAUCAAAACCAAGAAGACGUGUCAAGGAGAAUUACCCUCUGCAGACUUCGCAGCGAGCCACAGUGAGUUCAUCCACCCCGCUUGGCGAGGUUCAGAGACUAGGUGAACCUCAAGCCUCAAGCACGCCUGCUUCUAGACCAAGCAACCACGACAGGUUCAGAGAGGCCUCAGAAUCUCUUCUAGCCGAUGAAUCGCUCACCAAAUGUGCUAAAGCUGACUGCCAGUCACCAGCGAACUUACUGAUGAAUGGCCAGCGAGGGCAGUGUACGCGCUGCGGCUACGACUUUUGUACCAACUGCUGCUGUGAGUUCCACGUUAACUCCGUCUGUCCGGUGCUUCGGGAGAAAAACACAGCGAAGAAAGGGAACGGCGUCGGGAGCGGCAAGAGUAAGCGGAGUCUGCGGAGAAUCGCGAGGUUGGAGAGCCACCCAUGAUGGGAUUGAAGACUGCCCUCUAUUGUGGACAAUGAGAGAGGUUACAGGUAUGCGUGUCAUUGGGUGACAGCUGACAAUUUGUCAUUUCAAAGUGACACUAACUAAAAUGCCUGAUUAAGAUCUUCACUAGCAGACAUACCAAUCAUCGUCUUCUAUGAUGCCGAUAUCUACUUAUUAAAGCAAACUAGCCAAAAAUACAAAAUUUGUUGCAACUGUUUUGACGGGUAUUAAGUGAAUAAAAUGUUUGACUUGGCAAUACAUCCGAGUUCACAUUGUUGAAUAAGUUUUAAUAUUCGUAAAUUCAUUUAUUCUGUACUAAAAUUUGAGAAUCAUUUUGAGUAUUUCUUAAUGCUCCAUUUUGAAAUUCUUGAAAAUAUUUUUGUAAAUGAGUCGACUGUGCGAUUUGCUAAAUUUGGUGCUGAACUGAAAUACAUAAUCCAUUUUUGAUCAGUUUUAAUGACAAGAUGUAAAUAAGUGAUUUUGUAACUUUUUAAUAAAAAAAAACAGGGUGUAACUUUAAAUGUUAUUCAGAGAGUUUGAAACAACCAAACUUGCGGGUACAACUGUAUUUUGAUCCAAACAAGACAUUGUUCAUUAUCUUUUUUUCAUGGAUUCCCGACAACUAAGAGUCACAAAAUUUCCUUCAACAUUCCACAACUAACUGCCAUAACUUAACAUGUACUUUGACCAAA